CCUUCUGUCUUCCCCUCUGCGCCGUCAACAUGCCAGUCCUGGACCAAGAGCCCUCCAAAGACUCAGGAGGCGGAGAUGGUAUCCCUAAGCUGCCUCUCCCGCCCCUGAAGGACACUCUGGACACCUACCUGAGGUGUAUGAAGCACCUGCUCACUGAGGAGCAGUUCAAAAAGACCCAAAACAUCGUGGAGCAGUUUGGAGCCCCUGGAGGAGUGGGGGAGCUACUGCAGAGCAAACUGGAGGAGAGGAGGACCAACAAGGCCAACUGGGUGUAUGAAUACUGGCUGAAUGACAUGUACCUGAACAACAGAUUAUCUCUACCUGUCAACUCCAGCCCUGUGAUGGUUUUCCCACGGCAGAACUUCAAGGCUCCAAUAGACUCUUUGAGGUUUGCUGCACACUUAAUUUCUGGUGUUCUGGAGUACAAGACUCUUCUUGAUGCACGUGCUCUGCCGGUGGACUACGCUCGGGGGCAGUUGGCUGGGACCCCUCUGUGUAUGGAGCAGUAUUAUCGCCUCUUCACUUCCUACCGCCUACCGGGGCCUGAGAGGGACACACUGGUGGCUCAAGAGAGCAGCGUGAUGCCUGAACCUGAACACAUCAUUGUGGCUUGUAAAAACCAGUUUUUUGUGCUGGAUGUGGUGAUCAACUUCCGCCGACUGAAUGAAAGAGACCUACUCACUCAGCUGGAGAAGAUCGCCAAGAUGGCUGACAAUGAGGAAGAACGGCUCCCACCUAUUGGUCUACUCACUUCGGAUGGCCGCACAGAGUGGGCAGAGUCCCGGAGCGUGCUGAUGAGAGAGUCUACAAACAGAGACUCUUUGGACAUGAUCGAGCGUUGUAUGUGUCUGGUCUGCUUGGAUGAGGCCACAGGACCAGAGCUAACGGACACCACACGCGCCCUGUUGAUGCUGCAUGGUGGAGGAGUGGCCAAGAAUGGGGGCAACCGAUGGUAUGACAAGCCCAUGCAGUUUGUUGUAGGAGCUGACGGCUGCUGUGGCGUCGUGUGUGAACAUUCACCAUUUGAGGGAAUUGUCCUUGUGCAGUGCACAGAGUAUCUACUAAAAUACAUGAUUGGCAGCCCAUCAAAGCUGGUCAGGGCUGCGAGUGUGAGCGAUCUGCAUGCACCGCGCAGGCUACGUUGGAAAUGCACUCCAGAGAUUCACAAGCUCCUCGCUUCUUCUGCUGACAAACUACAGAGGCAGGUGAAAAAUCUGGAUAUGAAUGUCCACAAAUCUUACGACUACGGGAAAGAGUUCAUCAAGAAGCAGAAAAUGAGUCCAGAUGCUUACAUACAAGUUGCCCUUCAGCUGGCGUACUACAGAUGUCAUGGCAGACCAGUGUCGACCUAUGAGAGUGCUUCUAUACGACGUUUUCAGGAGGGCAGAGUGGACAACAUUCGCUCAGCUACACCAGAAGCCCUGGCCUUUGCAAAAGCAAUGACUGAUGGGAAACAGAGUGCAAGCGAUGCAGAAAAGAUGGAGAUGUUACGAGGUGCAAUUACCGCCCAGACAAAGUACACAAUUCUGGCUAUUACGGGGUUGGCAAUAGACAAUCACAUGCUGGGACUACGAGAAAUAGCACAGGAACUGAAGAUGGAGAAGCCGGAAAUAUUCAGAGAUGAAGCUCAUCUCAUCAGUAAUCAGUUCAUCCUCUCAACUAGUCAGGUUCCUACUACUGUAGAGAUGUUCUGCUGUUACGGUCCUGUGGUUCCAAAUGGAUACGGAGCGUGCUACAACCCUCAGUCAGACCACAUCAUCUUCUGCGUGUCCAGUUUCCGUGAAAGUCCUGAAACAAGUUCAGCAGAGUUUGUCAAGUGCUUGGUGCAGGGACUCCUGGACAUGAGAGAUUUGUGCAAUAAAUGUAACUCCAGCUCAGACUCCAGCAGGCAAAAACAGGGUCAGACGCUGGAGACAAAUACCCAAACGGACAAAAAUUGGCAAAUCAAAGUGCCACAGAGACCGACAGACCUGAGCAAGAACCAGCAGACACUGCCUCAUGUUGCACUGAGAACAGCUGCGCAGACCACAGUGGAGGCUCAAACCCAGACUUCAUCUCAAGGAGAGGCACAAGCUCUGAAAAAUGGAAGUAAAUCAUAGGAAGCUCUCUGUGCUGGUGAAAUAACUGAAGUGUGUCUUUCAUUUUUGUGCUGCAUCAUUUACAAAUUAUACACUAUAACUGUGACAAAAAUAAUAAGUAGAGCUGUUUGUUGUUAAAUGUAUGUGCUAUGUCUCAAGUGCUGAUGAUGAGCUAAGUAUUGUUAGAGAAUAUUACAGGUCUGUGCUGUUGUCACAAAAAAUAUUAUAUUAUAUAGUAUUAUUCAGGGUGUCUGUCAAAAUGAGGACAGAGCUUAUAAUUCAAGCCAAAUUUAAUCUAUCUAUAGUUUUGCACUAAUUUGAGGGGAAUCAGCCAAAGAAAAUAGUGAAUUUAUGGCUUGUGACCAUCAGUGAUACAGCUGAGGUUUGAGGGGAAAUAAGGAAACAAAUGAAGAGGGAAAAAAAAUACACUCCAGAUUAAUUUGGCCUUGUUCAUGUCUGUAUUAUUUUGUCCAUAAAGCCUGUCAGUCAGUUUGACAGAGGACAAAUAGUCUGUGAGUUAUGAUAAAUGGCUGAUUGUCUCACCAUACGUCAAUGUGCAAACCGCAUGCUGCUGUCCAUAGAUUUUCUGAAGAUUAUGGUGCACUUUAUAACUAGAAUCUUCUAUGCAAUUUCCAUUUGUGCUGUCUCAAACUGUUGUGUCAAUCGUGCCAACUAUACAGUAUAUUCAAGAAAGUCUAUAGACGUUUAGUGCUGUAUUGUAAACCACAUACUGGGACUCAUACUGUGCUUGUGUACACAUGAAACAUAAAGCAACCAGGAUUUAAAGGGAUACUGUUACAUCAGACAAUGUAACGUCUU